AUGACGUCAGCGGUGUCCUGGUAUAUUGCACCUUUCAAUAAUUCCACACAGACAGUGUUGACUCUUUUCCUGCGUUCCGCCAUCUUGAGAAAACAAAACUUCUCAAUACAGACACCAGAGGGCACCAGCCGCACGCUCUGCGUCCGCCCUCACCAACAGCUGGGGAAAGGGCCAGUGUGGCACUAUAUAACCCAUGCCAACCUCUUCCACCAUCACUGUGCCAAGAGCAGCUCAUCCCUUGACUUCAUCUCUCCCAUCUUAUCCUUCACAAUGGUUAAGUUUACCCUGCUAGUGCUAGCCCUCACAUUGUUGGGAACGUCCUACGCUGACAAGAAUUUCCUACCAGUUCCUCCUGCUCCUCGCAACUCCUAUGGCGUCCCGGACCUGAGGUCUGGGACUACAACCCUAGACGAACAGGAAGACACAUUAGCUACCCUGGCGGCCCUUAUCCCCAAGGGCGGCAUCCCUGGCAAAGAUUAUCCUAUCCUAGCUUCUGUGCCCAACACUGGCUUCUCCUGCGAAAACCAGGAGUUUCCUGGUUACUUCGCUGACACCGCUGACGAGGCUCGCUGUCAGGCCUUCCACAUCUGUCAGUUCGACGGCCGCCACGACUCCUUCCUGUGUCCCAACGGCACUGUCUUCAACCAGCAGUACUUCGUGUGUGACUGGUGGUUCAACGUGGACUGCGGCGCCUCCGAGCAGUUCCGCAGUCUCAACGCUGAGAUCGGCAAGACUCCCGAGGACGUGGAUGCUUCUAUCCGCACUGAUGCUGGGACGCCCAACCAACUGUACGGCGUCCCUGAACAGCGCCAAACGUCUCCACCACAACCCUCACAACUCUACAACAGACCUAAUAGGUUCUAAUUACCGCCACAGUUCUACAACAGACGCAACAGAUUCUAACCCUACCCCAAGUUAUGCUAAACAUACUCUGUUUAGCAUGUAGGCAAGCAGUAUAUUCCGCCCUCUUAGUAUAU